GGGAGGAGGGAGGGAGGUAGAGAGGGAGAGAGAGAAGCAGCCAGGCAGAGAGGGAGCUGGCGGUCUGGUGGCCUUGCAUAACACACGUUGGAGCAGCCUUUGCACGCAGGACUUGCAAGUGAGCCUGAGCAGUGGGAAGGGGGGGACUUCCUUCCACCGUCGGCCCCGCAGAGGCAGCGUCCAGCCCCCGAGACCCGAGAGUCCGGAGAGGAGGGCAGAGCUGGAGCUGCUUACAACACAGGCUCCAGGAGAACAGCACAAAGGAGAGAUUCAGGAAGAGGAGUUCCUAGGAAACACGUCUCCUGCACACUCACACACACUCACUCACACACACGCACACACACUCUGAGAGGCAGGAAGAAUCUUUGGACAUGCUCUGCAAGCAGUGGCUGUGGAGAGACUGAUUACUGCCGACAUCGUGGAAGAGGUGGAUCGGUCAGAGAUGAUUCCUCAUGAAGUCUAUGGAGCUCAUUUUGGGAGCUGGACUGACUCUGUCUUCUCUGGUGUGAGACCUGGAGCCGUCUACCAGUGAAAACAAAGCGAGUCAGAGCCACACAGUGCACAGAGAGGCUGUGUCAGUCUCAGAGGAGCUUACAAGUAGCACAAGGGAAUAUUAAAACCGCGGUGGCACAAUGAAAUCUAACCAAGAGCGGAGUAACGGAUGCCUGCCUCCUAAGAAGCGUGAGAUCCUGGCUCUGGAGCAGAGGCCAGUGGUCAUAGCCACAGCUCCACCCCCAGCAGCAAUGGUGGCCGAUAGUCCCCACACGGAGAACUUAGCGUGGUUGGCAAGUGUAGCCAGUGAACGUUGCAGGUCUCGGGACGCAGAGAGCCCAAGAUGUCUCAUCUCCUCCUCUUCUCCUUCCAUGUCUGCACCUUCCUCGACCACCCCUCUGUCCGCAAUGCCCCUGGCCUCUCUGCCUGCAGUUUACUCCACAGCCCUCCCCCAGCAGGCUGGGACUAUCCAGUUUGCUCAGCUGGGACCCAACGUUCAGUUCAUCAGCUCCGGGCCUUAUGCCGGCUACAUCUCCUCUCACAUCAUCUCCACAAAUUCUAGCUCUGUGCCUAACAGCUCCACCAUAGUAGGACAGCGUCCUCACCUGGACGGAUACACCACUGCCCUCGUCUCCCCCAACACCAAAGGGGAGCAGCACUUUCAAAUAGGCCUCUCCCCCACAGAAUUGACACCCGUGUCGCUCCCAAGCUCUCCCCAAGUCACCAGCCAGUACAUCCAUCUGGACAGCAGAACACCUCUGACCGUCAGCGGAAACUCCGUCAAUUCACCCGCAGCCCACCUCCAGCUCCACCCUCACACAGCCAGUUUCCCACAAACACUUACCCUCACUCCCUCCCAGUUGGUGGUUCAGUAUGCAGAUGGCUCCUUUGGAAAGAAGCCAGAGGGGCAUGCUAAGGGUCUACUGAAUGGGGAAAUGGAGCUGGUCAAGCAGGCAAAAGCCCACAGCUAUCCAGCAAACCAUCACCAGGUCCAGAGCUAUGAGGCCAGACAUAUCCUUCUGCCUGCAGACUAUGGCCAAAACCCCACAGGACUCCAGACCUCCUUGGUGCUGGUGGCUCAGCCCAACCACGGAGAGGAACAUGACGCUGGCUCAAAUAAGAUCUCCUUAGUCCAGACUGAGAAGGGAGGCAUCUGCUUGGGGAAACCAGUGUCCAGGUCCUCCUCUUUCACCUCCUUCUCUUCCUCAGAGUUGAUGAAGUCUGUUGCUCCUCACACAGUCAUCCAGACCACUCUGCCCUCCGAGGAGCUGCCAGCCAGCCUCUAUUCCUCUACACAGCCACCCAUCAUUGGUUAUAUCACCAGUUCAAACCAGCAUGCUGUCAGCUACCAUGCGGCGCUGCCCCAGCACCUGGUGAUCCCGAGUGGCCAGUCCCUCUUCAUCCCAGUCAGCGGCACCAAUAACGGCAUAGAAAUGGAGGUCAGUCGUACUGUCAGUGCCCUGACUGCUACCACUACCCCUCAAAUAUCCACCGCCAUGCCGCAUGCAUAUCUAGCCACAGCCUUGUCCAGGUGUGAGGCACUUGGGCAAGAUGGACAUCAACCACACCCUGCUGCCGCACAUGCUCCAGUGCUGCCAGUCCUGCCCUCAAACCCGGCACCGGCAGUGUUGGCAGCUCCCUCCCCGACUCCUGCUCCCCCUCCUGCCCCUGUCCCAACCCCAGCCCCUGUUUCCAUCCAGGCCUCCCCCUCCAUUUCCUCCUCCUCCUCCUCGCCUGUGGCGCUCCCUCCAUUCUUCAUGCGAGGCUCCAUCAUCCAGCUGGCUGACGGGGAGCUGAAGCGCGUGGAGGACCUAAAGACGGAGGACUUCAUCCAGAGUGCUGAGAUUAGCAGCGAGCUGAAGAUCGACUCCAGCACUGUUGAGCGCAUUGACAGUGGGCAAAGCCCCAAUGCUGUGGUCAUACAGUUUUCUGUGGGCGAGCUCAAAGCUCAGGUGUGUGUGGAGGUGCUGGUGGAGUACCCCUUCUUUGUGUUCGGUCAGGGCUGGUCGUCCUGCUGCCCCGACCGGACCACCCAGCUGUUUGAGCUGUCCUGCGCUAAGCUGUGCGUGGGCGAUGUGUGCGUGUCGCUGACCCUCCGCAGCUUGAGGAAUGGUUCGGCGACAGACGGCCAGGCUUUGGCGGCCAAGCUGAAGACGAGUCACCUCUCUGACUACUGCCACAGUGUGGAGGCCACUGUCAGAAACAGUUUGAGCCCAAACGCAGGCGGUAACAGCGGCCUUCUAAUGAAGGCGUCCAGUGGAGAGAGGCUGGAAAGGAAACAGGUAGCUGGACCGGGACUGGGACUAGUUCCAGGGUCAGCAGACGGGUUCUACGGAGCUGGACCGGUGCUGACAGUCUCAGGGACUGGAGAAGUAAGACAGGAAUCAGUGAAAACAGACAUGCCUGCUCUUACCAGACAGUGUGAGCUAGAGAGACCCGCCACCCGCAAGAGGCGCUGGUCGGCUCCGGAGAGAGACCAGACUGAGAGAGCCGAGGACGAGCCUCCUCCGACUCUGCCCAAACCCUCUUUCGUCCCGCACGAGGUUAAAAUCAGCAUAGAGGGCCACUCCAGCACUGGGAGCGAACGCUUCUUGAGCAGAAGAGUAGACUGUUAAGAGAACUUUAAUGAAUUUUAAAUUCCUGUGGUUUGCUUUGUGUUUCCCCGCCUCUCUUCUCGCUAUCCAGACUACUGUAAUAUAGACAGAGUUUACACAGUAUUUACAUGUUUUCUUUCACCUACGUCUGAUAUCUACGAUGAAGUACGGUAGAGCACCUUCAUAACGUGGUAUCACACAUGAGAUCAGUGCAAUCAAUGCUGAAAGCAAAAACGAAUGCAGCAUGAAUGUUGAGUAUGAAUGGCAGUCGCCUGAGAGACGUUUCACUCGUGUGUCAUGUGGCUCAAACCUGUUGAAUGCAGUCCCGUUAAUCAUUUCUGUCUUCACGUGCACAGACCCCGAUGUCAGCUUGUAGAAAGUGGGUAACCAUAUUUUUUUUUUUUAUAGUUUGUUUUGUGUUUGGUUUGAAGUGAUGUUAAUGAGUCAAAGAGAGACCUACGGUGUUUCUGUGACAACGCUCCAUCUUCAUGACCUGUGAUUUAUGCUGCCUUUGUGCAUCUGAUGAAGUUUUGAUUUCUCUUCUAUCACUGCAGUUUUUUUUUUAUUUCACACCAUGACAGAUGUGUGCUACCACCGUCGGCUUGUGUCACCUGUCUCCAUGAGUGUGUGUUUGUGUGUUUUUCUGUGUAGCUGUCCAACAGAGCACAGGAGUCAGGUGUGUGUGUGUAUGUAUAUGUGUGUGUGUGUGUGUGUGUGUGUGUGUGUGUGUGUGUGUGUGUGUGUGUGUGUGUGUGUGUGUGUGUGUGUGUGUGUGUGUGUGUGUGUGUGUGUGUGUGUGGCUGGUCGCUGUGAGUUCUGUUGUCAGUGCAGCCUUCAAAUACAGAAAUGGAAAAAGGCCUGAAUGUAAACCACUGAAUUUGUCCUCAAUACUAACUCAUGAAGUCACUCAUGUGCUUUUUGCUGCACCAGUGAUGAACACGCUGAGAACUUGGCACCAGUGCUUUUCAAUACGCGGGUGACAGCAGGUGCACAUGAGUGCAUUCCUCUGUCAACUUGACCUUGAUAUUUUGCUAAUUUUCUGAUGAUUCCUUCCAAGGACAACGUGUGUUUUAUCGACCUUCACACUGGCUGCCUCGUGCAGCAUUUCACACAAUGUACAAAAAGGGAAAAUUCUGUCUUAUACCUCUGAAAGAGUUUUUUAGCCAGUCUUUGUGUGGCUUCUGCCCUCAUACUGCAAAAUAAACCGCAGUUGGCCAAACUGGAUACUCAUAUUAAUUGAUUUUUAUUUUUUUAGCCAAUGUGGGCAGCGCAGCAAAUGGUAAACGCAACACUGACGUAUUAUUACCUUUUCAAACUCGAUGACAAACAGAGCAACAUUAGCAUUCAUCGUUCAUCUGGGGCCUCGAUUCCAGCAGCAUGAUGAGUCUGAUGACGUCCAGCUCAUCUUCGUUUUGGUCCCGCAGGAAAAAUAUCUGGCUCUGACGUUAGUGAAGUCUCCAUCAUUUUUAGAGCUUCUGUACUGAAAACUAUAAAAGGAGGUAACGAGAGUAUCUUUGUUGCCCUGAGGGGAACUGUAGAGUUUGCUAAUCGAUCACCACGAGCGACCCCCUUCCACAUUCCACAGAGCCACCUGAUCCUAUGUCAGUAUAUUAUUUGUAAAAUAUUGAGCAACUUAAAAUGCAAAUACACCAUAAGAUAAAAAAAAUGUAUCUAUAUAAUAUUGACUUAUUGAUGGGAACGUGGUACCUUCCCACUCCACAGAUGGAUCCUGUUGAUUUCUAUGGCCUUAGAUACAGUAUAUAAUCUACCUGGUUCACAGCAGCACAUGUUUUUUAAGAGUUUUUAACCAUUAAAACCUGUUUUCCUCAAUGAUGAUAUGUCCACACCUGGUAUAUCAGAGUACCGUCUUUGGAUUAGUCGAUUUCUCAGAGUAGAGCCAAAAUAAAAAUGCUACAGUUCAUACUCAGGAACAGUGUGUGUGUGUGUGUGUGUGUGUGUGUGUGUGUGUGUGUGUGUGUGUGUGUGUGUGUGUGUGUGUGUGUGUGUGUGUGUGUGUGUGUGUGUGUAUGGUGUGUUAAUGUGUGUGUCCACAUGUGUAUGUUCUGAGCAGCAGCACUUUGAUGAAGCAUCCAGCAGGAUGGUGGUGAUGGCCCUGUUUCUUAUCUACGAGAUAUAUUGAGAAGAGUAAAAUGACUGUUUGACAUCACCCUAUGUCCGACAGGUUCACUAUUGAGAGGAAACUAUAUUCUGCUGCGACGGAGAAUAUAAACACACGUCGGGCAAAACUAUCUCAAGUUUAUUUUUGAUGACGUAUAAUAGAGCUACUAUUCAGAGGGCGACGCAGAGAGUUGUAGAGCUAACUAUAGCCGGCAGGUGUUGAUCAUGUACAGUAAGUUGUAUCUAGGACGUGUACAGUGUGUGUGUGUAUAGAUAUUCUAACCCUUAUGUAGCUUAUGUACUGUAUGUGCCACAGCGCCUCCUUUUUCAAUCAUUCCAUUAACUCUCCAACAACAAGUGGUACUUUGUUUUUUUCUGGUCAGUUCAGGUGUUGAUCCAAUGUUCAUGAAUGUGCUACACUCUUCUCUUUGGGAACGUCGACACUAUUCAACCUCCUCACAGUUCCUCUGACUUGCACACUGUAACGUACAGUUUGUGUGGAUGUGAGCUGCAGUUCUCCUCAUGAUAGCCAUGAACCUUUUAGAGCUCCUGAAAGGUGUUUUAUUGUAAACCCAGUUACCGACUGUUCUCGUCUGCUUGUGUUCGACUGCUCAGGCUUACCACUGCCCAGUGACUGUUUUCUCUGACGAGACUGCGUGCUCUUAUAUCAUCACUGUUACAAAAGUCGAGCUACUGUUUCAUUCUUUGUCUCUGUAGCCAUUCUUCUCUCUGUAAACUUUAUCCUUUUUUAAAUUUCCUUACAGAAAUGGGUAUUUUUACAGAUCUGAAGUGACAUCUUGACGCAGACUCAUCUAUGAAGUGUGGGAUUGAUGCGCUAAGGAAAAGUCUGGUGUUACUCUAAGUUUUUCCUAUUGUUAAUCAAUCUCAUGAAAAGACUAAAACCAACAAUGCAUUAGUCAAACCUUUAUCCCCUUCACCGUCUCAGUGGCACUCGAGCCCAUUCAUCCCCACUGACAACAUCAUAUCUUUAAAAACUGGUCACAGAAGUGUACUUAAUUCUUUUAAAGGCAGAAGCUUACAUCAAACAGCUGGGGACUAUUUUCAGCUGCGGAUUGACACAUUACAGCUCCAGGAUUUUUUAUGUUCCCUUGACUAAACAACUUCAAGGCCCAUGUUCAUGAGUGAUGACAAUGGACUGUAUUUUAUAUGGCACUCUUCCUGUCUUAUUGACCAUUAAAAGUGCUUCACAGUAAAGGAUGCAUCAUACAGUCCUUUAUAUACGCAGCCCUUUUACUAUCACACCAUUCAUAAACAGCUUUCAGACAUUCACUGUCACCUCAGGAUGCAGACUGGAGAAGCCCGGGGAUCAAUUCACAAACCUUCUGGUUAGUGGACGAUCCGCUCGACCUGCUGGCCACAGCUGCCUCUUUCCUCAAUUGUUUUUUCUUCUCCUCUUCCUCGUCUUUUCUGGUCAAUAUCACAUCAGAGUAGUAGAAUGGAUCAGGCCUCAGCUGCACAGACAAUACCUUAGUUUGAUUAGCUCAUUGUUGGCUGUGGUCUUUUUAUGGGAUUUGUUGACAUGAUUAAAAUAUAAAAUAAUUCUUGACUUAUCAUUUGCAGUCCCUUCACACCCACACAGUUAUUCCUGCUGGUUAGACCUCAGGUGGAAUCUGGGAGGAGCUGUGCUCAAUAAGAUUGUCAAUAACAUUGUCGUGCCCUGACAAGGACCAACAACAGUCAGUUGUGUUGACAGAAGGCGGCGUCAUUGAAAACAAAUGUGUGGGUGGACCACAAACGUAUAGAGACUUUAAGUUGGACCCCAAUAUCAGCCUGUUGGAAAAGCUUAGUAACCCCUGAAAGCUUGAACUAGGCCCAUUCAAAUACAAUUUUAAAGCCUUUCUAAGUAAUGUUGGACAUGGUGUAAGCACCACCAUGUGGUGAUCUAUGGAGUUGCACUUUGACAUAUAGGGUGGGGGUGUUUUAGUUACUAAUACACAUAAGUAAUGUACAGCAUGUCUGAGAGAAAUCGUACACUAAACAGUACAUCUCAGCGAUUUGUAAAUAGCCAAAGUCUUCCAUUAUAAUGUUGGUAUGACCUUUGUUGCCAGUGGAGAAGAUAAACACUGAUCCCCAUGUACAGACCUUUGAAGUGAAGUUUACGUUCAAGAAUACGUCAUCGUUCAUUUGACAGAAUAAAGGAUAUUGCUUCACCUAAGACAUUUUCUUUUGCACUAGCUCAACAAUCCAGGAAAUUAUGGGAGAAGAACACUUAAAAAAAGAAAAAAGGAUUUUGUAAUUUGGGUUUGUUUGCUGGAUAAAUCUAAGUUACAGUUUGUCCCACUAUCGUACGUAGUAAGUAUCAAUAAUGUUCCCUAUUUUGAUGGUGUUGAGGUUCGCUAGUCAGAAACUGUUAAAUCUUUACUUCAAAUGUUCGAUUUUACAUUUGGUCAAAUAUAUUCAAAGAAAUAAACAGUCUAAAGAAAAACAAA